UACAGUGGGCAACGAAACAGAGCAGUCGCUCUGCCCUAUUUUGUGUUCCCGUUCCCUAGCGAGCGCCGAUCGUGAGGCGCGUGGCUCCGAUCGAAAUCGAUCCAGUCGCCAGCAUUCAUCGGCACAGAUCGGCGUGCAUCUGAUCGCGAGCAGGGUUUUGAGGGGUUUUGUGCGAAUCGAUCGAUCCAGCAUUGCCUAGUGCCUUCUAGGGUUCUUGGAUCCAUUCUCCCAGCAUUCUUGCCCGAUCCUUCCACAAGAUGCAUAGCCAGGAGAAUGGAUUCACGGUGCCCACGAUGCAGCUGAUUGACGGGAGCGGUAAAUUUAACGAGGCUGGAUUGGAAGAGUUUGUGAAAUCCGUGAGGCUGCCGGAAUGUGGGCUAUCCUAUGCUGUGGUGUCGAUUAUGGGUCCACAAAGCAGCGGGAAGAGCACGCUCUUGAACCAUUUGUUUCGUACGAGGUUUCGAGAAAUGGAUGCUUUCAAGGGAAGGUCUCAGACAACACAAGGAGUGUGGCUUGCCAAGGCCAGCGGUAUUGAGCCGUGCACACUGAUAUUGGAUCUUGAAGGCACGGAUGGUCGUGAGAGAGGAGAGGACGACACUGCUUUUGAAAAGCAGAGCUCUUUGUUUGCGCUAGCUGUUUCGGACGUUGUUUUGAUAAACAUGUGGUGUCAUGAUAUUGGUCGAGAGCACGCAGCCAACAAACCUUUGCUGAAGACCGUCUUUCAGGUUAUGAUGCGGCUCUUCACACCCCGUAAAACAACGCUCUUGUUUGUCAUCCGGGACAAAACGAAGACGCCUUUGGAAGUUCUGGAGCCUAUUCUCAGAGUGGACGGAUCGGGAUUUCCUUUAAGUACACAUGAAAUAUGGAAGGUCAUCAAGGAAAACAAGGACUUGGAUCUUCCCGCGCAUAAGGUUAUGGUAGCUACCGUGCGCUGCGAAGAAAUUGCAAACGAGAAGUUUUUGGCACUUUCAGCUGAUGAGGAAUGGAGGGAGCUCUCUGAGGCUGCAAAGUCCGUUCCAGUUGCGGGAUUUGGAAAAAGACUAGAUUCAUUACUGGAUCAGUAUGUUAGCUCGUACGAUUCAGAAGCAGCAUACUUCGAUGCACAAGUUCGAGACCAUAAAAGAGAAUUCUUGAUGAAUCGAAUCUUGGAGCUUGUUCAACCGUCCUAUCAAGCAGUUCUAGCUCACUAUAGAGCGAAAGCGUUAGCAACCUUCAAGCAGGCUGCUGACGCAAGCUCCGCAUCGUCGGAAACAGAAGGAUUUGCAGCUGCAAUAAGAAGAUGCACUAAAGAAUGUCUUGACGAGUUUGACCGCGGCUGCGAAGAUGCAAAUGUUAAACUUGCUGGUUGGGAUUCUUCAAAGGUCAAGGAAAAGCUUCGUAGAGAUGUAGAUGCUCACGCAUCCAACCUGAAAGCGAAACGGCUUGCGGAAAUAGUGGGAAAGUCGGAGCGGCAACUAGAGGACGUUUUGGGGAACUCUGUGUCAACAUUACUAGAUGCGGCAUCAUCAGAUACUUGGCCGUCGCUGAGAACUUUGGUGGCUCAUGAAACUAAUUUGGCUAAAGACGCUUUACUGCAAGCUGUCUCGGGCUUUGAGCUAGAUGCAGCGGAAUUAAGGAGGAUCGAAGAGGACUUUGUAGCUUUUGGGCGAAAUGUGGUUGAGAAAAGAGCCAGAGAAGAAGCAAGUCAAGCUUUAAUUCGCAUGAAGGAUAGAUUCAACACAGUUUUUAGCCACGAUGAGGACUUGAUGCCAAGGGUAUGGACCGGUGAAGAAGACGUGAGAAUGAUCACGAAAGACGCUCGUUUAUCGGCUAUUAAGCUUCUUUCUGUGCUAUCUGUGAUACGCUUGGAAGAAGAUGCUUCUGAUAACGUCGAGGAAACACUGACUGGGUUGCUCGGAGAAAUUCCAGAACGCUUGCAAUCUCCAGCUAAUGCAACUGCAGUGGACAGGUCCUUGGCAACGUCAGCUUCCAGCGCGUUGGCUGCAAGUACCUGGGAUGGAGUUCCAUCGGAGAAAAUGUUGUUGAGUCCAAUAGAUUGUCGAAAUCUAUGGAGACAGUUCAAAGCUGAGACUGAGUACACUGUCAGUCAAGCUCUAGCUGCACAGGAGGCAAACAAGCGCGGUGCUUCCUGGCUACCUCCACCCUGGGCGAUUGUCGCCAUGGUGGUUCUCGGAUUCAACGAGUUCAUGGCUUUACUAAGGAAUCCUAUCUACUUGGCAGUUGUCUUCGUUCUCUACUUGGUGGGUAAGGCCGUGUGGGUGCAACUCGACAUUGGCCGUGAGUUCCAAAAUGGAAUGCUAUCCGGGAUGAUCUCGAUCUCCACAAAGCUGCUCCCAACGUUCAUGAACAUAAUGAAGCGCCUGGUGGAAGAGGGCCAGCAAGCAACCACGGGAAGCAGCGGCGUCUACCGUGAGGUCCCAAUGGAAGAAUUUCCAUCCAGCAGCGAUAGCUCGUCCUCGGAGAGCAGCAAAGCGCGACGAAGGCAGCAAGGUUUGUCCAAGCAGCAUUGAUUCUUACGUUUCGUUUUUGUUACUUGGCGAGUGUGUAUAAAUUGGAUGAUAUAUAGAUGGAUUUUUUUGAUGAUCAA